AUGGUUGAGAUUUCGGAAGAAGAUGAUUUACAAAGUCCUCCACCUCCGUCAAAUAACAACGAGAAGAAAUCGAUUAACCAAUUAAAACCAAGUGUGGAAUUCAAACGUCAAAGAAAACUUACAUCUGAGGAUGGAUUGAAAGAGGUUGAUGAUGCUAUUAUAAAGGUUAGAAAUAUUGUGAAGUACUAUAAAGGUUCACAAUCUAGGAGGCAAAGGUUUUUAAGUAGUGUUGCACAUGUAGAGCUACAAUCUUCAAGGGGUUUAAGACAAGAUGUUCCCACUCAAUGGAACUUGACUUACAUUAUGUUGGAUUCAGUUUUGUACUAUAAAAAAGCUUUUAUUCAUUUGGCAAAAACUGAUGCUAAUUAUUUGCAUUGUCCAACAAGUGAUGAGUGGGGAAGAAUUGAAAGGACUUUCAAGUUCUUAAAGGUUUUCUACGAGGUAACUUGUGCAUUUUCUGGCUCUAAAUAUAUUACUACCAAUCUUUAUUUUGCUAAUGUUUUGACGGUUAGAGUGUUGUUACACAAAGAAAAAGAUAGUGAUGAUACUUUCGUGAAAAACAUGGCUAGUCGGAUGUAUGAGAAGUUUGAGAAAUAUUGGGCUAAUUUUAGCACAGUUAUGGCAUUUGCGGCUGUUUUGGAUCCUCGUUAUAAAUAUCAUAUUGUUGAAUGGGGUUAUGAGAAGUUUAUAGGCACGAACUUCGAUACCUUUUCAAAUAAGGUGACUUCUCAAGCUGUAAAAUCUGAACUUGAAUGUUAUUUAGAGGAAAAGCUCAUGCCUCGUGUGAACAAUCUAAACAUUUUGGACUAUUGGAAAACUUAUGAGGUUAGGUAUCCGACUCUUGCUCGGAUAGCUAGGGACAUCUUAGCUAUCCCUAUCUCAACAGUGGCAUCUGAAUCUGUUUUUAGCAUUGGCGUACAAAUGGAAGCGCAUCUUGAGGCGCUAUGUGGAGCAAUCAUGACAGAGAAGAUAGAAGAUCAAGAAGAAAGUAAUAUCGAGAGUGAAGUUAGGGUUGAUGAAAGUGGAAGUCGAGUUACUUAG